AUGGAAACGAGCAAGAAGAUCCUAGUUACUCGCAUCUAUACGUCCGCUGAACGGACAAACUUUGAGAGGGGAAAGUGGUGGAACACCGUGCUGAGCAACCAGAACGUGGUUAUUGGGAUCCUCUGGACGCUGGAUGCGCUCGUGGACGCCUUAGACAGUGGCGGGGACAGCACAUGGCCGUCAGUCGAUGGGCAGGCUGUCUGA